AAAUUCCCAUUAUGAUGAUACUGAAAAGUACUUGGCUCAAAGUAUUAGGUAAAAAGUAUUUGUUAAGUUAUCCCCCACACCACCAAAAUUGUUUGAAUUAAGACCAAACUUCACUGACUCUAUUAACCAACAACUCCCCCUUCUUCCCCAUUAUAUAUAUGCAAAGCCUUCAAUCCUCUGUUUCCAUCCUCAGAUCUCUGCCUUGCCCCCUCUAUUCUACUUGUUAAAUUUGUUACCUUCUAAUGGCGAGCUUCCAUGGUGGACUUGUUUGCCUCCUGGUUCUUGGGUUCUGCAUGGUGCACCCGACCUCGGCUACUGUCUAUACUGUCGGAGAUACUUCUGGUUGGUCUCUCGGUGUUGAUUAUGGCACGUGGGCUUCUGCGAAGAACUUUGUCGUCGGCGACAAACUUGCGUUCAACUAUGCUGGAGGCCACACGGUGGACGAAGUUAGUGCCAGUGACUACAAAGCAUGCUCGGCUGGAAGCUCCAUAACUUCCGACAGUUCAGGCUCCACCACCAUCACCUUAAAAACCGCCGGGACUCACUACUUCAUUUGCAGCUCCAUGGGGCAUUGCGAUGGCGGCAUGAAACUCUCCGUCACAGUCGCUGCUGCCGGAGGAUCGUCCACUUCUCCGUCGUCAGGGGGCGGCAGCUCCACCACUCCGACGUCCCCGGCAAGCGACACCCCUUCCGUCACCGGAACCACGCCGACGACGAAGCUUCCAGCUGGUUCGUCGAAUUCAGGGUCGUUUCUUUCCCCCAAAUUCUACGCGAUUUUGGUAGGUUUAUUGGUGUUGGCUGUGGGUUAUUAAGAAAUUGAGAUUAUAUGCGUAAAUGUUUCUGAGAUUUGAGAUCGGCGUUGGUUUGAAUGUUGCCGGUUCCCGGUUGGUCUAUUUUCCACACACUUAUUAGUAAAUUAAUUUUUCAUU